AUGGUUGGUGGAUGUGGUUCGCCAUUCCCGCUAGUCGGCUUGGCAACGGGAGAGGAAGCGUUUGCUGGGAUACGCAUGGCAUCAAAGACCUCGAACCAUUUUCAGGCGUUUGACAGAGACGAAUGCGCCUUUUUACGACUGCGGAAUCGCAGAGGACGUAAACUCUGGAUCGUAAGUGCUCACGCACCUACGGAAACCGCUGAAGACAACAGUAAGGACGCCUUUUAUGACGAACUCAAUGCGUUGAUGUCUAAAAUACCAAGCCAGCAGGUGGUCAUUGUCGGAGUCGACGCAAAUGCUAAGAUGGGACUCGAAAAGCAAUCCGAUGUGCUAGGAAAAUGGUACUAUGCAGCGGAGCGCACGUCGGACAACGGUGACUGUCUGGUCGACUUGUGCGAACAGACGGGCCUCAUCAUCGCGUUCACGUUUAAGAGGAAUCAUCGACGCCAUCAGCUCACGUGGCAGGGAGCUGUUUGGGGCGCGUUCGACUCUGACCACCGUCCACUUCUUCUCAGCUUCAAGAUACGAUUCCACAGGAGAAACCGAGGAGUUCCUCUUCAACCGAAAAUCGACAUGGCAGGUCUGAAAGAUGAUGAAUGCAGAAGUAAAUUCCGCCAACAUGUGUCUAUUCAUGUCGAAGUACGGACUAGGAAGAAGCUUAACGAUGCGGAUUCCUUCAUAAAGUGCAUCCUAGACGCUGCAAGGGAAACACUCCCGGUUCUACUGCAGCGGAAGAAGUUUGCCUUUGCAUCUGUGGAAACAAAAUCCACAUACAAUUCUGUAUGUGUCGCGCGCAGCGCUGGUGACUUCAACCAGGAAACGCGUCUUAGAAGGAAGCUGCGUCGUCAACUGCAACAAGACCGCGAUAACGAGUGGACGUCAAGAGCGAUGGAGUUUGAGAAGGCGUGGGAGGACAGGAACCCGCGGAAAGCCCACGCUCUACUAAAACAGUAUAGCGGCAAAAUGAAAAGAUGUUCCCCUGUCCUCAACACUGCCAAUGGGGUAGCUAUCGGUGAAGCAACCCUUCCAAUUUGGAAGGAACACUUCAAGACCUUGCUGAACCAGCUAGCACCAUCAGCUCCCGAACUCGAACACGUUCAUAGACCGACGUAUGCAGUUAACGAGGGGCCACCGACCGAGUCGGAGGUCCUGGUCUGUAUUCAAAAAAUGAAAAAUGGAAAAUCUGGUGGAGACGACGGGAUUAGCGCAGAAAUGCUAAAAUAUCUUCCUCUGUCUGAGAUCCGUGAGAUGACAAAGAUCAUCCGUUCAAUAUGGAUAGACGAAAGGAUACCUGAUUCGUGGAGACACGCUAUUAUAAUUCCCCUCCACAAGAAGUUAUCCGUCACGGACCCCAGGAAUUAUCGAGGAAUCUCUUUGCUGCGUGUUAUGUACAAGGUAUUGGAACGCAUUAUCCUGGACCGACUCAUUAAACAUCGCGAAGAAACAAUGCGUGACAAGCAAGCUGGCUUUCGUCCUGGCCGAUCUACGAUUGACCAGGUGUUCAUAGUCAAAGGAGUGAUCGAAAUCUGGCAGCGGUUUUCGAAGCCAAUGCAAUUUGAGUUUCUAAGCCGCAUUCGACUCUCCUCACCGAGGCCGUCUUCUCAACGCGUUCCGCGCCGAUGGAGUACCGGGAAAGUUGGUUCGCUUGCUUGA